UUCGUUUCAUUCUUGGAUUCUUUUUUAUUCGUCAGAAAAGUAAAAUUAAACAAGCGCACAAUUGAAUUGGGUUUUGUCAUAGCGGCAUAAUUUCCUGAAAGUGGUAGUAUUUGCACGUUGAAGAUCCGUUAAAUAAUUGCAGAUUGUAUUAAGAAAAUAUUAGAAUGGCAGACAACGAUGAUCUUUUGGAUUACGAAGAUGAGGAGCAAACUGAGACUACUAUUUUAGAAACAGCAGAACCGAAGAAAAAAGAGGUUAAGGGCACAUAUGUUUCUAUUCACAGUUCUGGAUUUCGAGACUUCCUUCUAAAACCUGAAAUAUUGCGCGCUAUUGUCGACUGCGGCUUCGAACAUCCUUCGGAAGUACAACAUGAAUGCAUUCCGCAGGCUGUACUCGGUAUGGAUAUAUUAUGUCAAGCUAAGUCUGGUAUGGGCAAAACGGCUGUUUUCGUUCUCGCUACACUUCAACAGCUAGAACCAAUUGAGAACUCCGUUUAUGUCUUGGUGAUGUGUCAUACUCGCGAAUUGGCAUUCCAAAUUAGCAAAGAAUACGAACGUUUUUCUAAAUAUAUGCCUGCUGUAAAGGUUGGUGUUUUCUUUGGCGGAUUGUCAAUUCAGAAGGAUGAAGAAACGUUAAAGUCUACGUCUCCACACAUUGUGGUUGGAACCCCUGGUCGCAUUCUCGCCCUUGUCAGAAAUAAAAAGCUAAAUUUCAAACAUUUGAAGCAUUUCGUACUUGAUGAAUGUGAUAAAAUGUUGGAGCAGUUAGAUAUGCGUCGUGAUGUACAAGAAAUAUUUCGCAGUACUCCACAUGGAAAACAAGUUAUGAUGUUUUCCGCUACACUCAGCAAAGAAAUUCGCCCGGUUUGCAAGAAAUUUAUGCAAGAUCCAAUGGAAGUAUAUGUCGAUGAUGAAGCCAAGCUGACAUUACAUGGCUUACAGCAGCAUUACGUAAAAUUGAAGGAAAAUGAGAAAAACAAAAAAUUAUUUGAAUUACUCGAUGUACUUGAAUUUAAUCAGGUUGUUAUUUUUGUCAAGUCCGUGCAGCGGUGUAUGGCUUUGUCCCAAUUGUUAACUGAACAAAACUUUCCGGCUAUCGGUAUACAUCGUGGCAUGACACAGGAGGAACGUCUCAAUCGUUAUCAACAAUUCAAAGAUUUUCAGAAACGUAUCUUGGUUGCUACCAAUUUAUUUGGACGUGGUAUGGAUAUUGAAAGAGUCAAUAUCGUAUUCAAUUAUGAUAUGCCCGAAGACUCUGACACUUAUCUUCAUCGUGUCGCACGUGCAGGUAGAUUUGGCACCAAAGGUUUAGCUAUUACAUUUGUAUCGGAUGAAGGCGAUGCUAAAAUAUUGAAUGAAGUACAAGAUCGUUUUGAUGUUAAUAUAUCUGAGCUACCCGACGAAAUUGAUUUGUCAUCAUACAUUGAAGGCCGCUAAAAGUACUUAGAGUAAUAUAAAAAUUGUACUUGUUUAUUAUAUAUUUUUUAUGUCAAUUCAUUUUUUACUUGACUUAUUUUUCAAUAAAAAAAUUUUAAGUACAUAAAAUCCGUAUGAUCAUGUAUUUGCAAUGAAACGAUUCAAAUAUU